AUGUGCGAUGUAGUAUUACUUUGUAGGGUUAGUGAUGGAAUGACUUUGGUCGAAACGAAUAGUGAGACAAAAAGUAUUGCACAUAAAUUAGAAUUAAAAAAGUUAUGUAAAAAAUUAUACUCUUUUCCAAAUUUAUCAACUGUUACAUCUAACAAUUUUAAUUACCAUUUUCUUAUUGAAAAUGGCAUAGCUUAUAUAGCUGUAUUUCCUGUUACGUACCCAAAGAAAUUAGCUUUUUUAUUUUUGAACGAUAUUUGUAAACAAUUUAAUGAAGAACUUAUGAUACAAUAUGGAACGCAUUCAAUAGAUUAUCGGUCAAUUAUAGAGACGAUAGAAAAGCCAUACUCAUUUAUUAAAUUUGAUAGAAAAAUUACAAAAAUAAAACAAGAAUAUAAAGACCCUCGUUCUAAUAUAGCAAUAAAAAAAUUAAAUGAAAGUUUAAAUGAAGUUAGUAGCAUUAUGAAGAAGAAUAUAGACGAUAUAUUGAUGAGGGGAGAAAAUUUAGAAGAUGUUGGAAGAAAGGCAUUUAAUCUAAAAUAUGAAUCGGAAAAGUUUAAGAAGGUUUCCAGGGUAUUAAAUCUAAAAUAUGCAUUAUAUCAAUAUGGAAUAUUGGCAUCAAUAGUUAUAUUUUUUUUUUUAAUUAUAAUUUUUAAAAAUUAUUUUUAA